AUGCCACAAUUUCUUCAUUCCCUUCGAGCCAUGCAUUGUCAAAUUCACAAUCCUCCAACAACUUUUUCUCUUCCUUUUCCAAGAACUCUAAAUACCACGGAAACGUUUCAACGGCCGGUUUCACUUCAACCGGACGACGAAGUGGUUCAACCGUCGGAAGAAUUGACAAAAGACGUCGAGACCUUCUUCAAAGAUAUGUCCGAAAAACACGAAAAAAUGAAAGCCCUGUUGAGAGAAGAGGCACCGAUAUUCGAGAAGGAAGCAAGCAUGUUUGGAAUCGCGAAAGAGUUAGUGGUUUCUCUGGAAAAAUUGUUCCCCAGACCUACGUGUGUGUGCGACCAGAGUUAA